GUGUCAAAUCACUUUGUCGUUGUCGAGCAAUGCGUGUGAUUUGUUUUGUGAACUAGUAAAUAAACUAAAUAUCAUUAUAUUUUCUAAAUAUCACCGGUUCAGUUAUUGUUGCUGAAGAUUAUUAAACUCCAAUUGCUAAAACCUACAGUAUUACAAGAACAUCAUCAUGAGUACUCAAGAACAACAGGAGACUUCAAGAGUCACGAGGAAAUCCCUCAAAACACUUCAACAUACGGCUGCAGACCGCGAAAACUUGGUGGGUAGGCCAUCAAAAAGUUUGAAGCAUCAACUGAGUCAGGAGUCCCCUGUGGAUGUUGAGGUUAAAAGGAAGAACUUAUCUACCAAAGAAACUCAAGCAAACUUGGAUACAACAAUAACUGUUGAUGAUUUGACAAAUCCUGAAGGUCCAUCAGAAAAGUAUUGGCAACUUCUUGCUGAGAAGCGUCAAGUUGCAUUACAAGAAGCAUUAGAUGAGAAUGAGAAAUUAAGAAAAAUAAUUGAAGAUCUUAAGGAAGAAAACACUCUCUUCAAACAGAUGCUGGAAGAGGCUAACAGCUUUGUUGAAGUUAUCAAGGAGGAACUGGCCAAUAACUCCAACAAUGACACUGGCAUUGAUGUCAAUGAUGUCAGCACUGCUGAUGAAACUACUGAUGAUGUGGAGACCAAGACUGCCAAUCAAUAAUAGAGUCCUAAAGACCUAGGUUAGGGAUGGCUAACUAAUGGCUACAUUGCCAUUGAUGGCACGCAAGAAUAUUUUGGGCAUGUCACUUAUCACAAAACUAACAGCCUACAACAUGCUUAUAUGUCGAUCUUUGGUGU